AUGGCCCCACCCUCGCGCCAGGAGUCCGUCCGUUCGGAGUCCAUCCAUCUCUCGCACGCUUCCUCUCCUCCCGGCCAUGGCGGCGGCAGCGACGUCCUGCUUCGUCCUCGUCCUCGCGCUCUGCCUUCUCGUGUCCAUGGCGCUGAUGGCGGGGCACUACUACGGCCGGGCGGAGCUGGUCGCCGGCCCGGGCUGCUCGCGGCUCCUGCGGGCGAACCCGCUUUUCGUGCAGGACAUCAUGGUGAGGGCUGCGGAGGAGGAAGGGUCGGGAGCCAACGGGCUCGUGCUCUACGGGCUCGCCGAGAUACCGGGCCUCCUGGACGACGUGCCCGCGGUGUGGUCGGAGGCUCGCCGCGUCGUCCUGCCGGCCAACUCUCACAAGGAAUGGGUCUAUUUUCUGAACGAAGGUAGUCAGAUCGAGGUCAACUACAGCGUCGAGCCUGGAACUGGACUAACCAAUCCACUCCGGAUCACCAUUGCUCAAGCAGCAGGUAAGGUAGGCUUCACGCAGUGGUCAGAGGAGCCAUCGGUACACGGAACCGGAGCAGUUAAGCAGAUCAUCAAUUCAUCCGACGACUACUACGUCACCGUCAGCAACCUGCGCGACCAAGACACGACGGCGAUGCUGGAUUUCAGGAUCAGCGCCAUGCUCUACAACACCAGCGGAGCAGAGUACGCGUGCUCGCCGUCGCCGGGCAGCUCCGGCUGCACGUACCGGCUGCCGAUCCUGGGGGAGAACGUGGCCGUCCUGUCGUCCGGCCUGAAACAGGGCGUGAAGGUGGAGCUCUCGUACGGCCCGCGCUGGAUCAUCUACUUCGUCGGCUCAGCCAUCCUGGCGGUGUCGCUGCUGCUGCUGUACGAGGUGCUGAGCGUGCUGCUCGGGUUCUGCUGCGCCGUCGCCGCGGCCCAGAGGGAGACGACGACGACGGCCUCGUUGCUGCAGAGCAAGGAUGAGGAAGAGGGCGGGAGCCGGGGCUCGUCCUUCGAAUCAGUGUCCUCCCACGACGGCGAGGCGGGCGACGAGGAGGAGGGGCGGCGGCUGUGCGUGGUGUGCUGCGACGCCCGGAGGGACUGCUUCUUCAUGCCCUGCGGCCACUCCGCCACCUGCCACGCCUGCGGCACCAAGAUUGUUGAGGGAGAUGCUAGCUGCUGCCCGUUCUGCCGGAGGAAGCUGAAGAAGGUGAGGAGGAUCUUCUGCGUAUGAGCGACAUUCUGAUCUCAUGAAGGCUGGCUGGCUUGGCCUGUGAGGAACCAAGGAUGAACAUUUCUGACUGUGAGGGCCAAAAAAAAUCAUACCGAAAAUCGCCCACCGUGGGGCUCGAACCCACGACCACAAGGUUAAGAGCCUUGCGCUCUACCAACUGAGCUAGACGGGCUUGGUGAGCGGUAAAUAAUUAGUAGUUAGUUACUGUGACUUUCCGAUGCGAAGAGCGUAGAAUGGUGUUGACUACCUUGUACUAGCACUCUAUGACAGCCUGUCAGCGGUUGCUUUGACAUCAUGGUAUUAUCAGUUUUUCUUU